AUGAGCUUGGAGGAGAAUGGGGCUCCGAUUCUGAAAGUGGUCGACGUCGUAUUUGUGUCCCUAGCCAUUGUUUCAACUCUUUUGCGAUGCUAUACACGUCUGGCCGUUGUCCGCGCCUUUGGGGCGGAUGACUGGCUCAUGAUGCCAGCAGUGGCUAUGUACUUUCUCUACGUCUAUUGGUGGCUAUGCUACAUUUGGUACGAUUUCGCAAUGGUUUUCACUCGGUUAUCAAUCGGCAUCUUCUUUUUGCGCCUUACGGUAAAGCGAGUCCACCUCUGGGUCAUCUACCUCGUUAUGAGCACCACGGUUGCCUUCGGCUUCAUUUUCUUCGGUGCCGCUCUGGCGCAAUGCACCCCUGUGACAUUCUUCUGGAACAAGAACCAGGAUGGCUGGUGCAUAAAUACAAAGGUCAUUGUCGCUCUCAUGUACCUGUACAGCUCGUCAUCUCUUUUCUCCGAUGCGACUUACGCCAUAUUCCCGAUAUUCCUUAUGAAAGGGCUACAGAUGGACCGACGAACAAAGUACGCAUUGAUCCCAAUUAUGGGAUUGGGCUGGGUAGCUAGUAUCGCGGUCGCAAUUCGCUAUGGCUUCCUGACUGCUCUCAUGUCUCCCGACUUCACUUACGACGCCUUGAUCAUCGCAAUUUUGUCUUCCAUUGAACAGGGGCUCGCGAUUACGGCUGGAAAUCUUGCAACGUUGUGGCCGCUUUUCCGGCUGGUCGCUUGCAGAUUCGGGCUCUGGGACACUACAAUAAGGCGCGAAGAUUUCGCCCCUCCCACAAUCGGCGCCAUCGACAAGGCAAAAGGACGCGAAGCUGUGCGCUCAGCCUCUGUCGGGUUGACAAUUUUCACGGGAAGGGGUGAUGAAGAGCGUGAAAUGGCCGAGGGUGAAGGCGCUAUCGAAUUCAAGUCGGAGAGAAGGGAAACGAUGACGCACCCUGCAGACAACAAUAGUAAAAGAAACAACGUUUGGGACAUAUCACGAGAAGUUCGGAACGAAAGUGAGGAAAGACUUUGCACUCAGCCGUCAAGCGAGACGUUGGGCGAGCUUGAUUUAAGGGCUGUGCCAGUGUGCUUUUUGGCUCGAAAGGGGUUACAUAGUCACACCAGAAUAUAG